AUGAGAUUUACGCAAAACGUGAAUCACUUGUCCGUAGCCUUGCGUGGAAUCAGGAGUCUAUCGUCCAAACAGUCCACAGUAGAUCCCGCCGAAGUGGCGAAGUUUGCAGCGACUGCAGCGAAGUGGUGGCACCCUGAUGGUUCGGCGGCCCCGCUGCACCGGAUGAAUCCCACUCGAGUUGCGUACAUUCGUUCUGUUGUCGAGCGAAAUAUGGUGAAUUUGCGUGGUCUGCAAGCCAUUCCACCAUCAUCGAAACCAUUGACUGGCAUAUCCCUUGUAGAUGUAGGGUGUGGAGGUGAGUUGGCGCAACAAUUCAGCAUCACAUGA